GUCGUCAUCGGGGGGAUGUUUCCUGUGCACAGGCGUAUCGCUUCCACUGACGGCAACACUUCAAGGGUGCCCGUCUCCUCGGGGUGUGAGGGGUUUAACUUCCGCACCUUCCGGUGGACCCAGACCAUGCUCUUUGCCAUCAAUGAAAUAAACAAGAAGGACGACCUGCUGCCCAACACCGACCUGGGCUACGUCAUCUACGACUCUUGUUUCACCAUCUCCAAGGCCGUGGAGGGCACCCUCACCUACCUGACGGGCCAGGACGAAGCCGUACCCAACUACCGCUGUGGGACUGGGGCGCCUCUCGCUGCCCUGGUGGGUGCCGGCGGCUCCGAUCUGUCCAUCGCCACUGCCAGGAUACUGGGACUUUAUCACUUCCCACAGGUCAGCUACUGUUCAUCCUGCUCCGCCCUGGAAAGUAAAUUCCAGUUCCCCACCUUCCUGAGGACCAUUCCCAAUGACAAGCACCAGUCCACAGCGAUGGCCCAGCUGGUGCUGCACUUCGGCUGGACCUGGGUGGGCACCAUCGCCGCAGAUGACGAUUAUGGCAAGUAUGGUAUCAAAGACUUCAAGGAGCAGGUGGAGGAAGCUGGUGUCUGCAUCUCCUUCUCCGAGACCCUGCCCAAGGUGAGUUCCCCACAGGACAUCCAGCGCAUUGUUGACACCGUGGUUGAGUCCACAGCCAAGAUCAUUGUGGUCUUCUCAUCAGACGUCGACCUUAGUCCACUCAUUCUGGAGCUGCUCCGUCACAACGUCACCAACCGCACCUGGGUCGCCAGCGAGGCCUGGGUCACCUCUGCCCUCAUCAACCGGCCUGGGGUGAGCUCAGUGCUGGCUGGUACUCUGGGCUUUGGGGUGAAGAGAGCUGACAUCCCUGAUCUUCGGCGCCAUCUACUGGACCUGGACCCCUAUUCUGACCUACUCACAGAGGAAUUCUGGGAGACGAUGUUUAACUGCACACUGGACUAUGGCAGAGCUCAGAGACAGGCCAAACAGAGGGCCGAGGAGGUCAAUGGCACUCUGUCCAGGGCGGUGAGGGGGGCUCCUGAAGGGCUGUGUACGGGCCGCGAGUCUGUGGCACAGCUCACCAACACCUACGCCGACGUUUCCCAGUUACGAAUCACCUACAGUGUAUACAAAGCCGUGUAUGCUGUGGCACAUGCUUUGCACAACCUGGAGCACUGUGUCAAUGGACAGGGGCCGUUCACUGGGAAGAGCUGUGCUGACAUCACCAACUUUGAACCAUGGCAGCUGAUGUACUACCUGAAGAACGUGCGGUUCAGAGUGCCCAACACAGGCGAAGAGAUCUACUUUGAUGAAGGGGAUGUGGAGGGCUUCUAUGAAAUCCUCAACUGGCAGGUCAACAGUCAGGGGGAGGUUUCAUACGUCGGCGUGGGACACUACAACGGCUCGGCAGCUUCGGGGGACAGGAUGACCAUAACCAACGACUCCAUUGUGUGGAACAAUGAAGUGCUGGAGCCUCCUCGGUCAGUGUGCAGUGAGAACUGCCAGCCCGGCACCAGGAAAGGGAUCCGGCAGGGAGAGCCGGUCUGCUGCUUCGACUGUAUCCCCUGUGCCGACGGAGAGAUCAGCAACAAAAUGAAUGCUCGGGAAUGUAUCCUGUGCAGCGGAGACUACUGGUCCAACGACGCUCACGACGCCUGCGUGCCAAAAAUCAUCGAGUUCCUGGCCUUUGGGGAGCCGCUGGGGAUCACUCUCAUCGUCAUCUCUGCCUUUGGGGCAUUAGUUACCAUCGCUGUUGGGGUAGUGUUUGUCGUGCACAUCGGCACCCCUCUGGCGAAGGCCAACGACGCUCUGUUGAGUUUCUCGCUGCUCUUCUCGCUGGUGGUGACCUUCCUCUGCUCCAUCGUCUUCCUCGGAGAGCCUCAGAACUGGAGCUGCAUGACCAGCCAAGUAGCCCUGGCUCUGGGCUUCGCUCUCUGCCUUGCCUCCAUCAUGGGUAAAUCCGCAGUGUUGAUGCUGAGAGCCCAGGCUCUGAAAGCUGCCCGUGCUCGAGCCAAAGCGUCCGCCAAAGCAGCAAAGGCAGCAGCUGAGGCGGCAGCCAACAGCGGCAGCCCCGAUGUCAUUGUGACCAACACGAACCACAACAAUGAUGCCAAUGCCUGUGCCGACCCUGAGGUCGACACCCUCACCCAUGCCCACCAGAGGGCGAUAGCUGCCGUGGCAACAUUAAUACAGGCUGUUGCAUGCACUGUGUGGCUCAUCGUCCUCCCCCCUUACCCCGUCAAAAACACCUCAGCUCAGAAUAUAAAGAUCAUUCUUGAGUGUGACGAAGGCUCUGUGGUCUUCAUCUGUUGCAUCUUCGCCUAUGACAUCCUGCUGGCGCUGCUGGCCUUCAUCUUUGCCUUCAUAGCCCGAAAGCUGGAGGACAACUUCAGUGAGGCGAAGUGUGUGACCUUCGGCAUGCUCGUCUUCUUCAUCGUGUGGAUCUCCUUCGUCCCAGCGUACCUGAGCACGCGUGGAAAGUUCAUGGUGGCGGUCCAGAUUUUCGCCAUCUUGGCCUCAAGCUUCGGCCUGCUGACCUGCAUCUUCCUGCCCAAGUGCUACGUUCUUCUGGUCAAACCUGAGCGCAACACGGAGGAGAUGAUGAGGCCCCGUGCCAAACCCCGCGAUGGGACCUUGACUGGGACCUCGGCCUCACUCGCUACAGUCGCUACGGAGGUCAAUUCUACGACUGCGUCCACUUCCAUUGAUGAUUAGUGGGGAAGUGAUAAAGAGGAACAAAGGCAACCACACAUUGAUAAUUGUAAAUACUGUUAGAUGGCAGCUGUGCCACUGCUUCUCUGGGCAAAUGAUUAGGGUUCCUCCCUUCUCUUGUAGUUCACAUUUUACUAUAUUAUAAUCAUCAUAUUUGGUCUUAAUAAACAGACAAUACAUAUUAUUUACAAUAUAUUUAUAUUCAUACUGAUUGAAUAUGUGUUUAGUUUAGCCCAAGUCAAGUGUCUCCUCACAUGCUUUAGGGAGGGUUGAUUUCAAUCAGCAUGAGGAAAGAACACUGCUACCUCAACGAUUACUGAACAUCUCAAACAUGCAUUAUAAAAAAAUGUAUGAUUAUUUCAAAAGGCACAUUCUUUAAGAACAACAUAAAUGCAACUUUCUUGCUUUACUACAGUGUCUGUAAAUUCUGCUGACAGAUAUUUUUAUCAAGUUGUUUCCUAUAAUAACCCGUCAUUGUGACACAAACUAGCCGUUCUCUGUUAGCACAAGACAUUUGUUCAUAGAAUAAUAAAUGUUAUUUUCAGUCACACACAGAAAAAGGCUAUUCUUGUACUAUUCUCACUUUUAGGGCAGUAAUGUGAAAUAUCUGUAAAAAAAAAAAAAGAGGAAUAAACUGCAGCUGAAUGUCGUUAUUUUUAAACUUUCAAUCUUUGAAAAGUUGGAGAGGAACUAAUUAAGCUGUGUGAUGGAUGACGCAUAAAGAUGACAAGAUGAAAGGGAGCAUACAAAACACUAAACAGCUACUUUACUGAACUCUAACAAGGUGACGAGAAUGAUGCUAUUAAUGUAUGUGGGUGUGAUAACCGCUGUUUCA